CAGAUUGAUACUCUUUUACCAAACAGAAGACGCAGAAGAUCUGUUGACAGCCUCACGCACACAGGACAUUAGAAAUGGCUGACCAAUGUGUGUUCUCCGGAGUUGACCUGUGCUGCCAGUUGAACAACUCGGCCCACCACACGGAGGAGAUUGACACGGAGCGUCUGCUGGUGCGUAGGGGCCAGUCCUUCGCCCUCGCCCUGCGGUGCACCGGCAACGCCCCCCGCGACCCCAACUACUCCUACUCACUCGUCCUACGACUGGGUGAGUGUAACCAGGAGACAGUGAAGGUGUCCUAUCGGCAGUGGGACCCAGCAAAGUGGUGGUUCAGCGUGCAGGGAGGCCAGGGUGAGAUGUUGCUCUCCGUCUACAGUCCCCCGGACACCCCCAUAGGCAAGUACAGCCUGGCCGUUCUCUUGGUCUCCUCGGACGGACACAUCAUGGAGGAGACGGCCCCCGAGAGCUUCUACCUGCUCUACAACCCCUGGUGCAAAGCUGAUGCGGUGUAUCUGCCAAACGAUGUUCACCUGAAAGAGUAUAUCAUGAAUGAGAACGGCCUCAUCUACCAGGGGGACGCGGACGAGAUCACCUACAGGCCUUGGAACUUUGGACAGUUCGAGGAGGAUGUGGUGGACAUCUGCUUUGAAAUUCUGGACAACUCAAACUCCACACUCAAAAACCCUGAGAUGGACCUCCAGAACCGGGCCGACCCUGUAUAUGUCAGCAGAACCAUCUCUUGCAUGGUGAAUGCUAACGAUGACAGAGGAGUGCUGUUGGGGAAAUGGGGAGAAGGGGACUACCAUGGAUGUGUGCCCCCUACCCGCUGGAAUGGAAGCGUGGACAUUCUCAGGCGCUGGAGUGACGGCGGCACAAGGCCUGUCCGGUAUGGGCAGUGCUGGGUGUUUGCAGCGGUGGCCUGCACAGUUCUGCGGUGCCUGGGUAUCCCUACUCGUUGCAUCACCAACUUCUCAUCUGCCCAUGACAAUAAUGGCGAUCUGCUAAUAGAAACCCUGGUGGACGAGGACAAUAAGUGCAUCUCCAGAGGCUCUGAGAAAGUCUGGAAUUUCCAUUGCUGGGUGGAGUCAUGGAUGGCUCGGAAAGACCUUCCAGACGGUUAUGAUGGGUGGCAAGUCCUUGAUCCCACUCCCCAAGAGAAAAGUGAUGGUAUGUACUGCUGCGGCCCCUGUCCCGUGCGGGCCAUAAGAGAGGGCGAGGUGGGGAUGAAGUACGACGCUCCGUUCAUCUUCGCGGAGGUGAACGCUGACCAGACCUACUGGAGGGUACACAAGGAUGGGACGCGCACCAAGAUCUUCGUUGACAAGACGUCAGUGGGCUGCAACAUCAGCACCAAGAGCGUCUAUGGAGAUCAACGAGAGGAUGUCACUGCACUCUACAAAUACCCAGAAGGCUCAGCGAAGGAGCGUGAGGUUUUCGAGAAGGCCGGCCGACGAGUCUCCCACCAGCCAGAUGAGAAUGAGACCCAGCGCCCUCAGCUGAAACUCUCCAUCAAGAACGAGGAGGCCGUUUACGGCACCGACUUCGACAUCAUCGUAGAGGUGCAGAACGUGGGCAACAAGGAGGCGCGCGCCGACCUCACCAUCAAGUCCGUCGCCAUCACCUACAACAGCCUGCACCGCGGGGACUGCCAAAGCAAGAGUGCCCGCCUCACCGUUCCCGCACAGAAGGUUCAGAAAGAGGUCCUGAGGCUGCGAUACGACCACUACGGAGCUUGCGUGUCCGAGCACCACACGAUCCGAGUGACUGCCUCCCUCAAGAUGAACAACAAGAAUGAGGUCAUUCAAAAGGAGGCCAACAUCCAAUUGAAAAUGCCGAAGCUGAAUAUCAAGGUGACAGGGGAAGCAGCGGUGGACCAGAAGGUGACGGCCUACAUCACCUUAAAAAAUCCACUUCCUGUCACCCUGAAAAACGGCGUCUUCACGGUGGAGGGGGCCGGACUGAUCCGCACUACGGAGAUUCCUGUGCCCAAUGCCAUCCAGCCAGGGGAGGAGGUGACGGUCAAGCUCUCCUUCAAGCCCAUGCGCUACGGCAUGAGGAAACUGCUUGUGGACUUCGACUCAGACAGGCUGAUGGAUGUGAAGGGGGAGACCACUUUGAUGAUUCGAGGGAAGAGAUACAACUGGCCAUAAUAAUUCACACAAAACCAGUGUUGAGAUGUCAGUUGAAUGAUAUUUGCUUUUUAUUCUGAAAAAAGUAUGCUUUUACACUGAAAAAAUGAAUACAAAAUCCAUGGGUAUGAGCAAUUGUGUACUCUGGAGUCAUCUGUAAAAGGUUAGAAUUCGCUUGCACUGUCAAAAAAAAACCUUUGCAAUAACAUAAUCAAUGCCUUCUUGAACCCUGCUAUGCUUAUAUAUCUGGCAAUAAAGAGAUUUAUCAUGUAUAUUGUGUUGACAAGUUGUUUUA